CACGGUCCAUUGAUGGUCGAAACAGUAAGUCGUUGAAGAUCGUUGAAAGAUGAUCAUAUUUUGGAUGAAUCUUUUGGUGUUUAGAAUCAUCCUAUAGAUGCAGUACAUUAAAUUUGAUCAAAUUUUCUAAGUGUUUAAAAAGGAAAAAAAAACAGGAAAUCUUUGUGACAGAAGAAAAAAAAGAAAAAGAAGAAGAAAAAGAAGAAGAAUACGAUAACUACAGAAGAAAUGUUUUCGUUGAUAAAUUUGCGAUGAAAAUAGUUGGAAUCAAAAUUGAUAAGAAUAUAGCUCGGUGUUGACGAUGGCCUUCGCGCUCUUUCACGAUCAUAAACUUCGGUCAGUGAUAUUCAUUCGACUUUAUCCGAAAGAUCAUAACUUCUAAAGAAGACAUUUGGAAAAGAACGUAACGACGUUAACAUUUUAUAGUAAUCGUACACAUAUCAACGUGGGAGAUAAUCAAAUUACACUUUUUGUCCUUCGUAUAUGGUCUCUAUAUGAUAGUAAAAAGACUCUUGAAAUGGGCCUGGAAUCCAAAAAAGUUUUUCGUACUGGAACAAAGGGACAAACCACCGCCAUGCCUCGUCGAUAACAAUCUUGGUACUCAUUCUUACGUGAAGAUCAAGGGUGUAAAAUUCCAUUAUGUAGAAGCAGGAGAUGUAGGAAAACCUCUUCUCUUAUUGUUGCAUGGUUUUCCUGAUUGCUGGUUAUCUUGGAGAGAACAAAUACCAGCUUUAGCAAAAUAUUAUAGGGUUGUGGCUAUUGAUUUGAAAGGUUUUGGUGAUAGCGACAAACCAUCUAAGAAACGUUAUUAUAAGAUUGAAAUUAUAAUAGAUGAAUUAAAACAAUUUAUUUCAACUUUUGAUGUAAGAACGUGCAGUAUAAUAGGUCAUGAUUUAGGUGGUCUUCUGGGAUGGUACAUGGUUGCCUUACAUGGAGAUAUAAUAUGUAAAUUUAUAGCUAUUUCCAGUCCACAUCCUAAUUUAUAUUGGAAUAAAAUAUCUAAAAAUGCUGUGUUCGAUGAAAAGUGGGUGCAUUUUAGCAGAUUACCAAUUUUACCAGAAAUAGAUGCAUUGAAAGAAGAUCUAUCAAUUAUUAAUGAUACAUUCAAACAUCUUGAAGUAAAUAAUACAAACAAUAAAAAAAAUUAUGUAGAAGCAUAUAAAUAUAGUUUUAGCAGAAAAGAAGACUGGACUGGAGCAAUAAAUUAUUACCGCAAUCUUCCUUUUACAAGAUUAAAUAUGGAUGUAAACGAGCAACUUUUUACAAGAACAUUACUGAUAGUUGGUAAUGAAGACCCAUCCGUAACGAUUGAAAGUAUAGUUCAAAGUUCAGAAUAUGUGGAAAAAUUUAAUGUAAAAGUAAUUACUGGAGCACAUCAUUUUCCACAUCAAGAAAAUCCAGAUGCUGUCAACAAGGCAAUUAUUAAAUUUUUAAUAGGCACUUUAAAUAAUUUAGAAAAAAGUUCAUCUAAAAGUAUAAUGUCGUCUUGGCUAGAUUCAUUAAGUAGUACUGUUAAAUAUGGAAAUCAAAUUGUUGGUGCUGUACACAAAAAAACAAAUGGAGUAGUCAACGUAUUACCCAAUAAAAUACUUUACUUAGGUAAUUCUACAAAUUAAAUAAGUAAUGUUGUAC